CCUGGGACGAGCCAAAUGGCACGCUCAGAGUUGUAAAGGCCUGGUGGCGGAGCAACCAACAUGGCGGCUACAAGGAUUCUCGCCUGUUCCAGAGUUAAGUCAUGCAGUCUUGCACCAAUCUUCAAAGUACAUGAAUCAAUGUUUACCUCAGUUCUGGUCAUACAAGCAAGAACAAAGGUCAGCAAAAAAUCACCAUUUCAUGAUGGAAAGGGCCAUAAGGAAAAGAUGCAGGAAGCAAACAGCAGCAGACAGAAAUAUAUUGACAAAAUGACUGUCAAUAGACCUUUGAAUAGACCCUAUCUUAUUGAAAGCCCAGGAGUGAUAUUCAGUGACUACCUUCCAAUAAGAAGAUAUUACUUUUUCACACCACGGGGAAUAAAAGAAAGAUGGAAUGCAUUCAAGAAUGGUUUUUGGACCAUAUACAGUCUUGUCUACAUUAGAAGACAUAUAAAACCCUUCAAAUUAACAGACUUUGGCCCAAGUGCUCAGGAAAUCUACAUUGCAGCAAAUGAAGCACUUGCUAGAAAAAGCAAAAAGGAUCUUCAGGAGGUGGUGACCAACUCAGUAUACCGGGCACUUAGCAAUGAGUUCUUUCCUCCAAACAAGAAUCUUCACUGGCGUUUCGUUUCAGCUGUAACAAGGCCUCAGGUUGUACAUGUAAGAGUUGGCCAGGUUCAGACCAAAGAUAACUUGUUUGCACAAAUUACUGUGAAAAUUCAUUCAAAACAGGUCAUGGCAGUAAAAGAUAGGUAUGGAAGGCACAUAUCUGGGAGUGACAAGCUUCCUAAACAAGUCAUAGACUAUGUUGUGUUUGAACGUCCCUUGACUAGUACCAAGUAUGGAACAUGGAAAGUAUGUGGAAAGCUGCAUGCCUUCCCAGCUGAGGUAGAUACAGGAAAGCACCUCGUCAAGAAUGUUCCUGCAGUUUAGAGAGGAACCUAAAUUUUGAUUGUGUAAUUUUUAUGAAUGGAUAGAGUUCAAGUUUUCUUACAUACAGUGUACAGGUGCAAAGGAAUUGUACUAUUCUGCAAUUAUCUGUUGAAUACAAAAGAGUCUGUUUCAGAUAAAAUCAUUACCCCUCCAAAGGGAACUCAAUUAUGUUAUGUUUGAUCUGAAAAUUUGUGUUGGAUAAAAUAAAUAUC